AUGCUCGAAGAAUUACCGAAUGAAAUAUUUUUUCAAAUAUUUUCUUUUAUUGAAUUAACUGAACUUUAUCAAGCAUUUUCAUCAUUGAAUUAUCGAUUUGAAUGUUUAUUAUACAAUAAUUUUACGCCAUUAUAUGCUCGUUUAGUAUCAAAUAUAACAUUACCAUUAGAUAGAUUUCUUUUUCGAAUAAGUAAACUUUUAUUAAUAAAUUUAUCUCCAAAUAAUGUUUUAUUAUUAAUUGAAAAUUCAAAUUUACCUCGACUUCAUUAUUUAAAUAUAGAAUCAACUAAUAAUGAUUAUUUUGGUCAACCAACAAAUAUUUUAAUUCAUAAAAUUCUUUCUCUAUCAAAAUUAUUUAAAUGUCGAAUAAAAUUAUCACCAACUCUUUAUAUUGUUGAUAAUCAAUUACUAGAAUCUCAAACAAUUAAACAUAUGAAUUUAAGUAUGAUAACACUUGAUAUGUUAUUUAAUCUUUUAAAACAUGUACCUAAACUUUGUUCAUUAAAUGUUUGGCUUAAUUCAAAUGGAAGAAUAUUUGAUAGUCGAACUUAUAAUCAAUAUAAUUGUUUAAAUUUAAAAAAAUUAACUAUUGGUCUUCAUAAUGAUAUUAAAUUUGAAGAAAUUUCAUUUUUAUUAGAACAUAUGCCAAUAUUAAAAUCAUUUGAAAUAAUUGGAUCUGUAUGGGAUCGUGGAUUUUUAAAUGAACAAAAAUGGAAAAAUAUUCUUUUAGGUGAAAAUUUAUUUCCAUUAUUAAAUAAAAUUAAAAUAAAUAUUUAUAUUCGUUAUACAGUUAAUGUACAAAAUAUUAAAACAAUUUUAUCACAUUUUAAUCAAGAAAUUUUUCAUAGAACUAAUUUUGUAAUUACUCAUGAUUAUAUGUUUUGGUUUUAUUUAACUUGUUUUUGGAAUAGUUGA